AUGCGUCGAGGAAAUGGGAGAAGUCAUCACGACGACGCAGAGAACGCCACUAAAGAGACGAAGAGUGUGAAAUCAUCAUCUCCAAUGGUUAUGAACAACACUCGAGAUUUACCGAAGUCGCCGCUGAGAGACAGCACGAAUUCGCCUUUGCGAUCUGCAUCGAAAGAGAUUCGGGUAUCGAUGAGUGCCAACGUGAACCAGUGGCGGAGCGAGCGAGCGGAGAAGAAUGUAACAUCAUCAUCGACCACGAAUACACCGACGAGACUGAGAGAGGUGAAAAUGGCAUCGACGCAGACGAAAGAAGUUACUAAGGAGAAGAAGGCAGAUGUGGAUGUCUUUGGCACUCGCUCGAUGAUGGCUGCUUCGCGAGCGAAAAGUUCAAACGCGACGGCGACAGCUGUUGUUAAAGAGAAGGAUACGACGACGACGACGAGAAGAGAAGAGAAGCUUCUCGAUGAUCUGGUAAAGAAAGAGAGAGAGUUUGAGUGCGUGACGGAAGCUUUGAACAACAUGAAAGAUGCGGAGUUAGAAUUGUCGAGAAACAAUAGCAAAGAGAGCGUUGAGUUUGCGCAGGCGUUGGAACGACAGAUUGAAGAGAAGGUGAGUAAACAGUUGAAAGAGAAAGAGGAGGAGUUGGUGCACUUGAAAGUUACAAAUCAGAAGGGCUUCGAAACGUUUACGGAACGCAUUCGACAGUUGGAAAGCUUGGUUAAAGAGAAAGACAUCAAGAUUAAAAGUUUAGAAAUGAAUGCGCAGGAAUGGCAAGCGUUGGCGAAGAGGGACGCCUCGAGAGCAGAGUUGGAAACUUUGGACAUGGAGAAGAAGUUAAAAGAGUUCGAGAGAAAGAACGAGGAGUUAAAUGUGGUCGUGAGCACGUUACUCGGCAAAGCGACGAAAGGAGUGGCUCUGGAGAAAGAUUUGGAGGCGAUUCGGUUGAAACAGACGACGGCGAAAUCGGUCGGGACGAACACGAAGGCGAUUCCAGUGGCGCAACCGAUUCAGUUGCAAUUUACGCCGGAAACGAUGAAAACACCUAAAGAGAUGGUAAAUGCGAGUGCACAGGUGAAUAUAAAAGCACCGCAAGCUCCGCCAUCCGUUGGAACGCCUUUGAGCGCGAUGAAGCGAAAGUAUCAAGUGCAUCAAAACGCCAUUUUUGCCUUCCAAAAAGAAAUCGAAGAACGCGAGAAGCAACAACAACAACAGCAACAACAACAAGAGACGCUCACUCCGAAAGAGCCAUCGCCGACGAUUGGAUUCGAAUGGUCUGCCGCAUACGACGCGAGAGAGAUGGCCACGCAAACCAGUAUCGACGAAGAAGUCAAAGCCGAGGCAGAAGAAAAAGAUGAACCAACUUCGUCCGAAUGUUUCGACGACGAUAAGCAACACUGGGUGCCGACGCCAAACACGCGCAAGCACGUCGAGGAGAAGUACGUCGGCUUACAACGACAACACCCGAAAGAACAAUCAUCAUCCUUUAGCAAUACCAUCGACCCAACCACCUCUCGCUUUGCAAUGCUCACCCCUAUUCGAGUCCCGCAAACGAGACAACCCGUCGUGCAACAUCGAGCGCCAGAGCGGCAGUCUCUACAUUACUCCCGCAGCGCCGAAGAAUCUCGACGCAUGUACGACGACGAGCGCAUGGCGAGACUUUCCCGAGCUAUGAAUCUCAGCGACUCCCCUUUCAGACGAAGGCAUCAUUUAUAA